CCAGCAGAAUCAACGGCAGUAAACGAAGUCGGCCAUUGUAGCUAGAGUCGGUGAAGAUGCGAGGAGGCUUCUCAUGAUCGUCAACGAAAGUACACAAGGUAUUCGUUCACGGAUCAGCUUCGACACGCGACAUCAAGAUGCACACAACACUCGAAUUGGAUUCGAGCGUGCCAGCAUUCCUUGCCAAGCUUUGGAAAAUGGUCGAGGAUCCGACAACCGAUCCUCUUAUUUGCUGGUCACCUUCUGGAAGAAGUUUUUUCAUUAGAAAUCAAGCAAAAUUUACAUCAGAUUUGUUACCACAUUAUUACAAACAUAGCAAUAUGGCCAGUUUUAUACGACAACUAAAUAUGUAUGGAUUCCAUAAGAAGGUAUCUGUGGAAUUGGGUGGCCUAAAAUGUGACAGAGAUGAAAUAGAGUUUGCACAUCAGUAUUUCCUCAAAGAUGAACCUGACUUAGUAAAACAUAUUAAAAGAAAAGUUGCGACUAACAAAAGUCAAGAUUCAACGCAUCCCUCUCUCACAUCAGACGUAAUGAGCAGGAUACUGAAUGAAGUAAAAGACAUGAAGGGUCGUCACGAUCAUAUGGAUCAUACAUUAAAUGAAAUAAAACAAGAAAAUGCAGCAUUAUGGAGAGAAAUUGUGAUGUUGAGACAUAAACAUUUAAAACAGCAACAAAUAAUUAACAAACUAAUUCAAUUUCUUGUUACUCUUGUACAACCAUCAAGAAGUGGUUUACCUGUGAAGAGACGAUACCCAUUAAUGAUAAAUGAUUCAGUUCGUCCACAUAAACAAGGCAAAUUAUCCAAGCCGCAAAAAUCUCCUACUGGACCAGUAAUUCAUGAACUUGAUGCAUCAGAACCUGAUGUGGAUUCAGAUAACACAGUUUUUCAGACGGUAGCAAAUGAAAUACCAAGUGUUCAAAGUCCACAAGAACAUAUUGAAACACAAACAGAUGAUGAAAAUAUGGAAACUAUAUUUUCAAUUGAUGGGUCUGUUCAGAUCUCUAAAACCGAAGAGGAGACAAGAAAGAAACGUGUUUGCAAAGGCAAAAAGAAGAGGAAAAACAAAGUGCCUAUCAAAAUUUUGGUCCCAACAUUGGAAAACAGGAAAAAACCCAGAGAAGAAUUGCAUAUGGUUGAAGUAUCUACCGAUGAAGACGAGCCUGUAAUUUUAUUGAAAAAUAAGUCCAAUGGUUCUAAACCAAUACCUAUGUCGACUGUGCGUAGUUCUAAACUUGCAGCAAUGGCAGCAAACAUUAAAUCUCAAAAUGUUGAUACUCAAGAUGAUUUGGACACAUCAGCAGAUCUGGAAGAUAAUAUAGAAGCUUUAGAUAAUGAUACGUCGAUGAUGAAGUUGGAAGAUAUCUUGAUUGUUCCGGAUAUGCUCAAUAAUAGCAACAUUAAAAAUUUUGUUGACAACGAAGAAGAUAAUGACAGUCUUAAUAAAAAGAAUACAAAGCUUAAUCAAAUGGAUGACGAGAGGAGUGUUUUAAUGACAAACAACAAUAAGCAAUACGAUGAAAAUAAAAUAAAAUUACAGGAAGAUACUAAUAACAGGUAUGAUAAUGCAAGCGCGAGUUCAUCAAAAGAUUUAUUGGUGAGCUGUGUCAAUCCCUCUGGAAAGACUGAUGCUAAUUACAGGUUAGAACAGACAGAGGAACUAGGCAACCAUUUGGAUUCGAUGCAGGCUGGUUUGGACAAUAUUCAUGACCUUUUACGUAGUGACUCUUGCAACAUUGAUGCUAAUACUUUAUUAGGUUUGUUUAAUGAUGAUUCAAUGACAUUUGGAUUAUCAAUGAAUUCAGAAUUGAAUCCGGAAUUGAAUUGUAUGCAAGAGGAUGAUGAUCAUAUAAUUUCAGAUUCUGUCAAUGGUGGUGAACUUAUGGCAUAUAAUCCUCCCUCCUCCAACCUAUUAGAUUUUGAUGAUGAUAUAUUUUUGACAAAUCCAUCGGCUCCAAUGUCAAAUUUAUCAGAUGGACAAAUUAACAAUCUUUAUACUACAGAUUCUUUAGAUGAUUCUAAGGUUUCACUUCUUGAUGCUCUGGUAACUGCUAAUAAUGCAAAUUUGAAAUCGUAAAUAUCAUUAACUAGAGUAAGUUUUUUUAUUUCAUAUAUGAAUUAUACAUUUUCAAAAUUAUUUUUCCUUUUCCAUUUUUUUCAAUCUUUAACCAUAUAAAUUUAAUGAAUAUUACAUUUAUUUAUAUUUUGAUCGAUAAUUAAUAUCAUGCAGUUAAAAUUAAAUUUUAAUAUUGUUUUAAAUUUAAGAAAUAAAUUAGUUUUUGAAAGAUUAAUUAGAUUCAUCAGAUUUGCAAAAAAAUUGUACUUACAGAUUCUUUUAGAUAGCUUUCUUUAGAUAGAUUUAAAUUUAUUACUAUUGCAUCAAAUUCUUCAGUAAAUUUUAUUUUAAACGGCUGAACAUAAGUGAUAUAUCUUUCAGCAGAAUUAUUAAAGUUAAAAGGAAUAAAAAUCUCAAUAUAUUUCAUAAUCACUAAGAUUUUGUCGAUAAUAAUAUAAUGAUAGAUAUUAUAUCUUUAUAAACACUUAGCACAUAAAAUCCAUUAAAUUUGCACCAUAAAAUAAGAUCUGAUUGAAAUAUGAUGAAUAAUUUCUGUUUAACAUAUAAUAAAUGUAAUAAAAGUUAUAUUCUUCUCUUACAUACUUUCUAUUAAUAUACAUUAGUAAUCUCUAUUUAUACACAAUUAUGCAAGAAAGUAAUACAACUGUAAAUAUUCUUACUGUUAUCGUUUGUUUUAUUUUAACAAAAAUGAAAACAGUAAAUGUAUAUGUGAAAUUAAUAAAACUUCUAUUUUUUCACAUAAAUGACUUGUAAAUGUUUUAAGUUUUAAUUACACUAUACAUUUAUGCAUUAUAGCUUUAUAAAUUUUUAAAACACUAUUUUAAUAAUUAUUUAAUUUGAGAAUAAUAGUUUCAAGAGAUUUUCAAAUAAUUAAAAUUUUAGAAUAUUGAUGCAUAUAAGUAAACUUUAUAAAUUUACAUUAAUAAUAUAUGUUAUGGUUUUAUGACAUAUGUUAAAAAUACAUCACAUUUACAAAAAUUAAAGUAACUAUGAGAAAUCAGUUUUUACAGAUAUACAUAUUGUAUAUAUUACAGAUAUAUAUAUUUUGCAGGUGUAUGUGUAUACAGAUUAAAUGAAAGAUUAUGAAAUAAGUAUAUUCUUAUAAAUUUUGCUGUCGUUAUCGAUGAUCCUGAUAUAAAAUUCUGAAAUUAUAAGAAUAGUUAUUUUACAGUUUACAUCAUAUAAUUUGCUUCAACUGUUUCUACUGUUUCAUACAUAUUUUUUACGCAAAUAGCAUUAAACUUUAUAUAAAUUUUUAUAUUUAAUAUUACUAUGCAGUUUUUUAAAAGUCUGGAAAUAGCCAAUUAUCUCCGUAAUCAAAUGCAACAGUAAAAUUCUUUUUGAUCAAGUACUUUUCGAAAUAUGAGUUGACAAAGUUCAAGUACCUGAGGGUUUGAAGUCAUUGAAUACCAUGGGAAUGACAAACCUAGGGUCCUUGUCUUUGCUAAUACACUUCUAUAUGUACAGGAGGUGUAAGUCGAAUCAAACUACUUCCACACGGUACAUUGUGUGGCAUGCUAGCGGAACUUUAUCAACUUGUAUCUCGAACAGUACUUAACUAAGAAGAAUUUUAUUGUUGUGUUUACAAAAGAUUUUGAUGUCAACUACAAAAAUAUUAAAUAAAAAUUGAGGGAUUUCAUUAAAAAUUUAAACUUGUCAUCAAAAGCUUCUUUAUUUGUAAUCAGAAUCAGAUAAAGAUUUGUUUUAUGCAUUUGUCGAAACAUUACAAUUUUUGUUUAAAACACUUUCUCAGAAGAUUUAUAAUUUUGCAGAUAAUCGGCCAUUUCCGGGCUUUUAAAUUAUCUUGUAUAUUAUACUAUUUUGUUUACACAGAAAACUUAAUAAGUAAUAGAUAUAUUAUGUAACAUUCAUAUGUAUGCAAUCUCUUUUUAAAAGUGGAAUCUUUUUAUAUAUUUUUUAUUAUGCACAUAGUACAACUUAAUUAAAUCUAUCUUUUUUUUUAGUUUUUUAAUGAAAAUUAUUUCUGGACUUUUCAAUUAUGUUAAAGAAAAAAAUGGAAAAUAAGAAAAAUAAUAUAUAAAAAUAAUAACGAAAAAUGAAAAGUGCACUGAACCGUUUGCGUCUAAAGACUCAAAGUAAGAAUAUUAUAAUAGGAACUUUACACAGUCAAUAAAACUCAAAAUAAAUAAAUACUGACAAUAUUAUUGAUCAUGUAUGCUAAUAUUGAUCCAAAUUUUUUAUUCUCAAGUAUCUAUAUCACUGUGGUUGUUCGAACUUCUUGGUAAACUUACCUAUCUGGUAGGUAUGGUGUUUAUCUUUAUUAAUUUUUCUAAAUAAAGACAGACACAUAUUUAUCUGAUAAGUAAAUUUACCAAGAACAACCGUCCUUAGUGGUAUGAAUAUUGACAGUGAUAAUAAUUAUGAAGACAACAUGUCAGUACUUGUAUAAUUUAUCACGAAUGACAUAAUUUCAGAAAUCUCAGGUUGUAGAAAUAUUGAUGCUUGUCAACAUUACUAAUUAAAUAUUACUGAUUAGUAUUGAUCGUGUAAAGUCUUAUAAAGACAAUUACAAGAAUGCGGCAACACAACUAAAGUUGCUUAGAUAAACUACAUAAUAAAAAUAAAAGCGUAGAGUAAUCUUGAUAUUGCUAUGAGAUAUAUGAAAAUGAGAUAAUGAGAUACUUAUAGUUACCUAAAAUUUUGCAAAUUAAUAAAUGUGAAAUUUUUAAAUCCUCUGUUCUUACUUUGUAUAUAGUACUCUGAUAGGAAAUCUUACUUUCUAUAUUAUAAACAAUUUUUGUGCUGAAAAAGAUAUAAGCUUUGUGCAAAUAAUAGAAUAAUAUUAUUUUAUAAGGAAGAUAUAAAUUUGUUUUAGAUUAAUAGCUUACAAGCGUAAAAAACUAAUGUAAAAGUUUUUAUAUAAAUAUAAAGUGAUAGUACAAAAUUAAGAAUUCAGUGUUUGUUGUGCGAUAAAACCAAUGAUUAGAUUUUUAAAUUUCCAAACAAAAUGGAUAUUUUUAUAUAAUUUAUGCUUAAAAUAAGAUCUGUCUUAAAUAUUAGAACACCUUUAAAAUUAUAAUACUUUAUACUGAAAUGAAAACUUAUGAAGUAUUAACAAUUCCUUUUUAAACUUUUAAUACAAUUUUCAGUUUUUAGUUUUGAACACCUUAAUGCAUAUGUCUCAAAAAUACAUGAAAAAUAUGAUAUACGAUGAUAUAUAUAAUUUAUAAUACAUAUAUAAUUAUGUAUAAUUUAAAAUUAUAUUAAAAAUAUAUAAGGUAAAUUUUUUAAUUCAUUAAUUGAGUAAUCGCAGCUUUCAUACACCAAAGUUGGAUUGAUUAUGUAUAAUGCUAUUAAUCGAUGAAAACUCACCUGUACUAGCAGCUAAAAUUGGCUAUGUUCGGUUUUAUACAUCAAAGGUAUCCGUUUGCUUUUUUACUUCGAAAAUCGUUCGACAAUUUAUAUUUUGGAAUUAAUUUCUGUGUAAAUAUUACGCAUUUUUUUAAAAUACGCGAUUUAAAUCCACUCUGCUAGUUUGCAUCUUAAAUUUCCAAUGCCAAAUGUAGCAAAAAUAAAUAAUAAGCACUGAAGUCUUAUUUUCGUACCUUUUCUAAUAAGUAAUUAAUCUUUUAAUGUUUUCCUGUACAAGAGUGUGUGUUAAGCUAAGCAAUAAGUAUCAAGUUACUUGGUCCCUUUAAAUGUCCAUACAAUAAAUUGUUUUGAUGUAUGUAUCAAUAUAUGUACUGAUCAUGCA